AUGUCGACAGCAGGCGGCUACUUCCUGGCUCUAGCUGGUGCAGAGUUCUACGCUAUGAAGAAGAAGGUCUUCACGCUCGACGGCUUCAAGCUGGCAUCGCCGACACUCGCGACCGCCCAGUGCUUUACGCAGCCUGGAUUCCGCCGCUACCCUAUCGUCGGAGAGUAUCUUGAUGGCCUCAACUGCCUUCUGAACAGCAUUUUCAUGGCCGCUCACGAAAGCCGCGACGCCCAGCUACUCAUGGGCAGCUUCACUGCCGUCCUCCUCUCUGCCCUCAUGGUGUCGACAUACGAGUCAUUCCGCCCCACCCACCGAAACAAUGGGCCGCUCGGAUUCAUCGCCCAAUGCUCAUCACUCUUCUAUUUGGCUGGUCAGCGCUUGACCGCCGGCUUCACGAUGCCGCUCCACGCCGCGUUCUGCGUUUGGUCCCACGCCGUCUCGCGGCAGAAACGAUCUCGUCCAGAAGGCAAAUAUACAUGGAGCACCCUCCUCUCAGUCAGUAUCGGGUUCCUCGGGCCGACACUCUAUCUGGCAGUCGAGGACAUGUCGUUCUCCGCACUGAGUAUCUGGCAGCCUUUCCCACUCUAUGUCCUCGUACUCAACCUUGUCCUCUCUCGCAUCCUUCCCCAAACGCCGCGCGCCCCAGCCGUCGUCAUCAUCGCAGUACUCUGCACCGUGGUCUCGGUAUCUGGCCACAUCGACCUUAUGCGAGAGGUUGCCAACGGUCGCCGCCUCGGCGAUAUCCUCCUCUUCGACACCAAGGGGACCUCGUCCCUCACUUUUGCCGGUCACGCUCUCUUCGCCGUCGAUUUCGCCUCGGUACUAGUCACGUCUUUAUCUCUGGUACUCGUCCCAUACCAGGCCAAGCUGGGUGUGCUUAUCGUCAUGUUCGUCAUUGCUGUUGGCGCAGGUCCUGGGGCAGCCAUCAUCCUCCCCUGGGCCUACCGCGAGCUCUGGACCAAGUAG